GAUUAAUAUUUAGAAAAAAUUCCUAUUUAUAUUCUCCUCGGUUUGAAUUCCAGGCCUAUUUACGCGCUGAUUAAUUAUUUUUACUAUUAUCGAUUGUCUUGCGGAUAUUUUCAAAUAUUUCAAAUAUGCCAGUCGAAGUUCUAGAAGACAAAGUUAUUUUGAAAGACUCCAAAGGCUCCUCCGCAGAAGUAUAUUAUUUUGGUGCAACUGUUACCAGUUGGAAAUAUCGCGGAAAAGAGCUUUUAUUUUUGAGUAAGAAAUCUCUUCUUGAUGGAACUAAAGGAAUUCGUGGGGGAAUUCCCAUAAUUUUCCCUCAAUUUGCUAAAGCAACUGAUUCAUCUGCUGAAACUGCUGCACUUCCACAACAUGGUUUGGCUCGUAUCUCAAAAUUUGAAUGGAAUGGGGUUUCAGUUGAUAAUGAAUCUGAAGUUUCUGUCAGAUUUGGAUUAAAUAAUUCUCAGGUUCCCGAAAAUCUACAAAAAGAUUGGCCCAAAAAGUUUAAACUAAUUUUCACUGUAACUCUUAACGAUGAUACAUUAAAAACUAACUUGUCAGUAAAGAAUGAAGAUACUGCACCGUUUGAUUUUAACGUCCUUUUGCAUACUUAUUAUUCUGUUCCAGAUAUUUCUAAAGUAUCAGUUGAAGGAUUGCAGAAUAUCUCAUACAUUGAUAAAGUGAAAAAUUUUAUAACGGUCGUCGAUAAUGAUAAAUCUGUAAAAUUUACCCAAGAGACAGAUAGAAUUUAUGGAAAUGUUCCAACUGAAAUAAUCAAAAUAAAUAUAAGUGACGAAUCUAAUGAGGCUUUCCUCUUACAAAGAAUUAAUUUAAAGGAUUCGGUUGUAUGGAAUCCAUGGAUUGAUAAGGCAAAAGGUAUGUCAGAUUUUGAUGAUGAUGAAUAUAAACAAAUGGUUUGUGUUGAACCUGGUCAUGUUGCAGAAUAUAUAACUUUGAAAUCUGAAGAAAGUUGGGAAGGUGGACAGAUUAUUCAAUAUAAACAUUAGUUAUUAAGUUAUUGAUCGCCUUUCAUUCUAACCUCUCACUUAUAAUAAGUGUAUAUUAAUAUAGUAAUUCACAUCAUAGCUUAUUUUAAAUAAAAUUUUGUAUCAUAAAAUCAAGGCGCA